CUACAACGCAACAACGAUUAUCGACUACACACGACUCCGCUAGCCAUUCCUGCUUGAGUGACGAAUAAUACCAGUGUACUAGCGCACGACUUGCGCAUGCUGAGGACGACGACUCACAGUUGAACUACGUCCAGCGAGCAGCGGUGCAAAAAAAAUGUCGUUCCGCGGUGGAGGACGAGGUGGUUUCGGUGAUCGUGGUGGUCGCGGUGGUUUCAGAGGCGGCGCGCGAGGCGGAAGAGGUGGUUUUCAGCAGUCAUAUGGCCCUCCCGACACUGUCUACGAAAUGGGCACCUUCCUCCACGCGACCGAAGGCGAAAUGGUGUGCGAAUCCAUCAACGUCAAAAUCCCAUACUUCAACGCACCAAUAUACCUCGAGAACAAGACGCCAGUAGGAAAGGUCGAUGAGAUCCUGGGCCCACUGAACCAGGUUCACUUCACGAUUAAGCCACAAGAAGGAAUUCAAGCCACGAGCUUCAAGAGUGGGGACAAGUUUUACAUUGGAGGAGACAAGCUAUUGCCGCUGGAGAAGUUCUUGCCCAAGCCUAAACCACCGCCAGGAGCACCAAAAGUGAAGAAGCCAAGAGGUGCUGGUGGUGCUGGACGUGGCGGACGCGGCGCACCGAGAGGCCGAGGCGGUUUCGGUGCGCCGAGAGGUCGUGGAGGCUUUGGCGAUCGUGGCGGUAGAGGCGGCGGUCGAGGUGGAUCACGAGGAUUCUCUGGAUCUGGAGGCUUCAGCCGUGGUGGUGGACGAGGAGGCGCCCCACGUGGCAGAGGUCGAGGAGGGUACUAGAUGGCAAGAUGCUCAUCAUGAGAGGCGUUUUGGGCGUGGAAUUGGCGGAGCCCGAGGAGUUAUGGCGCAUACGAUCAUCAGACGGUGGAUGCUCUGCCGCAAGGGUUUGGCGACAGCUUCGUCUUCUGUUAGACUAUCCAAACGAAAGCUAGUAUGAGCGCCUAGGAAUGGAGCUCGCUGGCGUCAUGCCACUAUCUACCUAGAUAGCUAGCAACCUUGUACAAUUGUGAAACUUCAGC